CUACAUCAAUGAUACUUUUAUAAAGCCCAGGGAACCAUGAUAUACAUCAAUUAACUGCCCUCUACUAUCCACCUAAUUCAAUCCAUCAACACCAACCCCGCAAUCCCAACGCAUCAUGCCGAAACUCGAAACCCUCUGGGCCACCAUCGUGACGACCUACAGCCCUACAACAAUAGAAUUCACAGGAACCCUCCUAAUCCAAAUCCUCACCUUCUGGCUCCCCUCCCUAAUCUACCUGGCCCUACCCACUGUAUUUCCCACCUGGUCAAGCCAGCACAAAAUCCAACCGGCCCCAAAACAACCCACCAAAAAAGAAAUCCACCACUGCCUAAAGAUCGUCCUCCGCAACCAACUCAUAACCACAACCCUCCACCUAAUCCAACUAAAGCUCCUAAACAACAACACCUCCUCCUAUACCCUCACCCCAACCUUCCCAAGUCUCCCAAUCCUAGCCCGCGACUUCAUCCUCAGCCUGCUCGCCCGCGAAGCCCUCUUUUACUACGCGCACCGCUUCCUCCACCGGCCCUUCUUCUACGUCCGCAUCCACAAACAGCACCACAAGUUCACGGCCCCCAUUGCUCUCGCCGCGCAGUUCGCUCACCCCAUCGAACAGAUCUUCGCUAAUGCGCUGCCUAUUUCCCUGCCGCCGCAGUUGUUGGGUAGUCAUGUGUUAACUUUUUGGGUGUUUUUGGGGUAUGAGUUGUUUGUGACGGCGACUGUGCAUAGUGGGUUUGAUUUCUUCGGUGGGAAGGCGAAGAUGCAUGAUUUGCAUCAUGAGAAGUUUAAUUUGAAUUAUGGGAGUAUUGGGUUGUUGGAUUGGGUGCAUGGGACUGAUCGAUUGGAGAAGAGGAGGGCUUAA